AGUCUAGAAAAAAACUACAAAAAGAAUCAAAAUCAAAAAAAAUUUACAAACUAUUAGAUAAAUCAAGAUAUCAAAAAAAAAUCACUAGGGGAAUCAAAAGAGUACAAAAAGAAUCACCAGGAGAAUUGAAAAA